UGGAGAGCCUCAUAGCCAUGGCUGCUGCCUGUCCUCUACAUAUCUCAGUUGCCAUGGUUACUAUUGAGGCAGGGAACAGAUGAUGUUGCCUAAAGGUCAUUUAUGCCUGAAGGGCCCCUAGUUUGCUGAUAUCUAAGAAGUUUGGCAACAACAGACAUUAAUGGAUUCCAGAAAUAAUCUGGAGUCUUGCAAGGCUGAUGGCUAACAGAAUGUACUGGGACAUGGCUGAACAUAAAGCACCAGUUUGCUGAGGUAGGUAUUGCUUCCUUUUUUUGUUUCUCUACCAGUGCAGAAGGAAGAACAAAACUUAGAACAGCAGAAGGCAACAUAUUAGUGUCCAUUUUGCCCCAGGUAAAAUUAUUGAGGAAAUUAAUGCAUAUCUUGUUUCUCUACACACCAAUGGCCCUCGAGCAAAUGUCUCAGAGACAUAAACUGCACAAGAAACACAUUUCCCUGUGGUAACAUCAGGAUUGAUGGCCUAGAGUUUCCUGAAGGAAUGAACUGAAGUGAAAUGUGUCUGAAAAGUGUGUUUCAGAAGUGGGGGUGGGGUGGUGGGGUGUCAGCGAAAGAAAAGGGAGCAAAUCUCCCGUGUUUGCCUAGGAAUUUGACUGAAAUGUCCUGGAUUUUAAGGGACAUGAUGCUUGCUUUAAUUAUUGUUUUCCACUUAAAUCCCAAUGUGGCAUGUUGACAUUUGACACUAGAGACUCACAUAUUGUUAAAAAUUUACAUGGGGAAAAACGAAAACAAAAUUUCUACACAACAGGUGUGGAGGGGGAUUUAACCAGUAUCUGGGUUUGUAGGAAAUCCCCUACUGGCAGCAAUAGGGAAUUUCCUCCCAAUGUAGAUACUGAUUCAAAGUAUUUAAUUUCUGGCCUAGUUUGGCCCUGAAUCUGCAUAAAAGCUGGAAGGAAAUAGUUAAAAUAUAUAGGCCCUUAAGUAUUAAUAGGACAUCUAAACCACAAAGAAUCCUGUGACUAAAUGUUUUACCACACGAGCUUUCAUGACAGUAGAUUUGCUAGUAUUUAGUCUGUAGAAACAAACAUGGUUAUCCUUAUAGAACUUGUGUAUAUUUUUUGGUUGUUAAGAAUACACCCUUGGAUAAGCGGGAUCCCUGAAGCUCAAUGCAUUUUGGCCUAGCUAUUCCACACAAAGAAAAACUUGCUGCAGGAAUUUGGGCCGGCUGAAGACAUUUUGGCACCUGAGGCGAACCACAAAAUGGCACCACCACUCUUGGUUGGGGAAGAAGGGGUGAGUGAGGAUCUACACUGAGAACAAGGGGUGGGUGGGAAUCAAAUUAACCUUGCCUGAUGGUUUAAGUAGGAAUCAGACACCAUGGGGUGGGGUGGGGGGUGCAGAGCCCAGUAGACCCCAGAGGGCAGCUGCUGCCAUUUCUUCCCUACGGGUGUGAGGAGACCAGCAGUGCCUCUUCUUUCCCAAGAGGCCAUUGUGGAGGUGGCAUGGGGGGCUGCCAGGAAGGCAGCCAAUCCGGCCUCCAAGGAGUGUGCUGCAGCCAUCGCUGCCACCACAGCAGCGGGCAAUGCUGUCCCUGGCAGGAAUUAAACUUUUUGCACGUUGUUUUAGUAAUCCUCCUGAAGCGUAGGACACAGGGUUGUCAUUCUUACAAUGAAAAUAGAGAACAGAGCUUUGGGAAACACUGUCUUGCCCUAUGGCCAUGUAGUGAGUUCAUAGUUGAGGUUACACUUUAAUUGACUGAUGUCAGGGGUCAACAGCAACACUGCAUUGCCAUUAUACCUCACUUCCCCAGUUAACAGCAAAGAAAGUGUUGCUGUUAACAACCAGUGAAAUUACAUGGGCACUUGUGGAAACAGCACUUGCCUAAGCAGGCUGAAAUGCAAACAGUGUUUGUCUAAAAACCGGUUUUAAGGUUAAAAGCACAUUUUAAAGGUGUGCUUGUUCUCCUGGGUAGGGCUUGGGGCACUUCCUUUGCCAGGCCCAAAAAAGGAGAGGCUUGAUGAGUAACUGGCACAGAGAUGUGUGUGUUUUUUCGUCUCCCACUUACAGUGUAUUUACACAAAAUCACUGGGAAUUUGUGAACCACCCCUUAAACAUUGGAUAGGGUUUGCUUGUUGGAGGAAUCCAGAUGUGAGUCAGAGGCUAAAAACUGAAAGAGAGAAGGAAGGGAGGGAACCGGGUGCUUGCAAAUAAGGAAGGUAAGCUAGCUUCCCAUUUUUCCUGACUUCUGAAUUUGCAUGUGUUUCACUCACAGGGAUAUAUUCUAAAACUUCAUAUUUCAGAGACAGUCUACAAUGCAUGCUUUUCUUUAGGAAGUCCUGAGGAGGAACUUCUUUCAGAUUCCUAAUAGUUAUAGAUGAAGGACAGAAAUUAUUUUGUUCUCUUUAGCUAUUUCUUACAAAGAUGUUCUUAUACUGUCAGGGACCUACAUGCCUCACACACAGUAAUUUAGAGACAAAGGUUCAAAUGUGUAAUGUUGUUUGUGAGCUUCCUGAUAGCUCAGUUGGUUAGAGCACAGCGCUGAUAACACCAAGGCUGCAGGUUCAAAUGGGACAGCUACAUGUUCCUGCAUUGCAGGGGAUUGGAUACUAGAUAAUGCUUAGGGUCGCUUCCAACUUUACAAUUCUAUGAUUCUAAGAUUAUACUAUGCCACAGCUUCCAUUGUUCCUGUGGGUACAACUGUUCCUUUCAUUAAAUGCACAUCAGAGCAGCAAGAAGGAAGGUCUAUAUGUUUCUUCUUUUUCUUUUCUUUUAAAAAUGAUAUUCUACCCUGCUCCUGCCAACCUAGCAGUUCGAAAACACAAAGUGCAAGUAGAUAAAUAGGUACCGCUCCAGCGGGAAGGUAAACAGCAUUUCCAUGUGCUGCUCUGGUUCGCCAGAAGUGGCUUAGCCAUACUGGCCACAUGACCCGGAAGCUGUACGCCGGCUCCCUUGGCCAGUAAAGCGAGAUGAGCACCGCAACCCCAGAGUCGUCUGUGACUGGACCUAACGGUCAGGGGUCCCUUUACCUUUACCCUAGCUAGCUUAUAUGAGAGUUGUUAGCCCCUGUUCUAGAGUGGAAUGCUGGAAUGACACUAUCUGUGCAAACUGCUACCACAUUUCAGAUGCUGCUUUUGGCACUUGUGGUAUAACUCAUGCAAAUAUGCCCCAGGGUUAGGUCUGAAGGCACAUGAGGUCACUACCUUGCUGAGAGUAAGUAAGUGGAUGGGUGUCAGCCUGAAAACCAAAUGUGCACCACCUUGGAAGAAAUACAGUAAGGGAUAUAAAUGUGAGAAAAUAAAUUUAGUGCAUGCAUGUGAAUGAUGACUAACUGCAAAAGUCACUAGUAGUAUUUUGAUAAUAAACCGAACCAGAAAGAUAUUUUGUAGCAACAAUAUUAUUAAAUAAUUCUAGCUGGUUAUACAUGACUAAUUGUUUAUGUGUGACUCAUUGGCCUUGCAAAAUUGUUGCUUGACUUCUUUUGGCAUGGCUGGGCAAGUAAAUUAUAUAACACACAAACAGCAUAAUGAUGACCAUGAAUACACACAGUCUUUUGUUCAAUGAUGGGCGCUAAGGCAACAUCAAGACACUCCCAACCCCUUCAAAACCAUGGAUAUUGUUUGAACAUGCCAUGCCUUUCAUGCUUCCCUGUUGUUGUCAUCCUCCAGGAUUUCAGAAGUCUUUUGCUGCCGCCUUCAGGUGAAGUAAAACCAACAAGACUGCCAUCUCACUGCCAGAAAAAGACCCAGAUUCAGCAGCUAGUCUUCUAAAUUUCACAGAGAUGCAACAUUGAUCUCUUUAUUGCUGAUCUCAAAGAAUGAGAUCAGCAGUAGUUCCUAUUUGUCCAUCCAAGCCAACUCCCCACUCACAGCACACUUCUGGGCAAUCUUUCAUGGAACUCCAGAACCUCACUUUUUGGUACCUUCAGUACCCACUAAUUUCCCACUUCAGAGAUUAAUAGAAUUAUGUCACAGUUCUAUGCAUCUCCUAGUGAUUUUAGUCAUCAUUUCUACACCAAAUUCCGUGAUCAGUAUUAUAGACUUCAGGGGGCAAUGUCUGGUUAAUGUUCUCUAACCCUUGUCUCAUCCCCCUUGGUGAGGCAUGUGCCCACAUCCCCUUCUCUCCUCCUCUGGAGAUUCUUUGGCCUCUCUGGGUCCAAAAUGGUAAGCAUUUCCUUGGCACUUCUUUUACAAAAUAGUGGCUUAAAAGUGCCCAGGUUGGGUUGCAUUUGAGACAAAAAACCAUGUUUUUGUGUUUGGUGGCCUCUGGGAAGCUAUUCAUCUGACUUCACUAUUCUCCAGGAGCUGAUUAAGUGAUAAAUUGCCUCUAUGUUUUAGAACUGACACUGUCAUUUGUUACCUGUAAUAUACCCCUGGCAAGCAGCAUGUCAAGAAGCACUAAUGGUGUUCUCUUCCCCAGCAGAACAAAGACAAAGAGGAAUGCGCCUCCAUAUUUGAAAGAAUUUUCCUGUGUCAGCAGCACAAGCAGCUGCUGCCGUCACCAAGAAACAACAUCCCCAAGGAACAAUGAGGGACAAGAAGAAGAUUAGGUCAGCCCUGUCCUUUUUGCUCCUUGCCUUUUGAAAGUGGGGAAUUCUAUGCUCCAGUGAUAUAAAUGAUGCUUAGCUUAUCUGUGGGAACUGGUAGACAGGCAACAGGAUGAAGCAGAGGAUAGUUAAUGUCCUCUAUUUUUCAGACAUUUUUUGCCAGUUUUAAUUCUGCCUGAAAGGCUGAAUAACCUGGCUCAGUGUUGUUCAAGUUGUAAAAUAGCUCAGAGCCAUCUCUAAGCUUGCUGCUUGUGGAUGUCAUCUACCCUGUGAGCCUGGUGCUUUCAGUGUUGACUAGGAACAUAAGAAGAGCCUUGCUGAAUCAGAUCAAAGACCAAUCUAGCUUACACUAGUCAGCUAGAUGCCAAUGGGAAGCCCAUAGGCAGUACAUCAGGACAAUAGCCCUCCCCUGCUGUUGUUUCCCCGUGACUGGUAGAUCCUGGAGGCUGUAUACAGUCAUUGUGAAUAGUAGCCAUUGGUGACCUUGUCCUCCCUGCAAUUGUCUAAUCCUCCUAUAAAGUUGUCUGAGUUGGUGCCCAUCACCUUAUAUUGUGGUAGUGAAUUCCAGAGUUUAAUUAUGCUGCUGUGUGAGGAAGCCCUUCCUCUUGUCUUCCCUGAAUAGUCUACCGUUCAGCUUCAUUGGAUGAUCAUGGGUUCUAGUGUAUUAUGAGAUAAGGAGAUGAAAGAAAGAAAGAAAGAAAGAAAGAAAGAAAGAAAGAAAGAAAGAAAGAAAACUUUCUCUACAUUAUGCAUGAUUUUGAUGCCCUGAUGCUUCUGGUCCUGAGAAAAAUGUUUCCUUGUGAUUAUGGGCAUGAACAGAAAUCAUGGUGCAGAAACAGUGACUCUACUAGUCCACAUUACUAGUACAGUGGUACCUAAGGUUAAGAACUUAAUUUGUUCUGGAGGUCUGAUGUUAACCUGAAACUGUUCUUAACCUGAAUCACCACUUUAGAUAAUGGGGCCUGCCGCUGCACCGCAGCUGCACAAUUUCUGUUUUCAUCCUGAAGCAAAGUUCUUAACCCGAGGUACUGUUUCUGGGUUAGCGGAGUCUGUAACCUGAAGCGUCUGUACUACUGUACUUAAAGUGAAAGUUGAAGGGAAGCUGAUUCAAGAAAGAUAGGAAAAAACUUCUUCACACAAGGCAUAAGGCAUAAUUUGCUUACAGAAUCUGCUGCCAUAAGAUGCAGUGAUAUGUGUUAGUUUAGGGGCUUUUCAAAGAAGCUUAGAAAAAUUAAUGCUAUGUCUAUGAAUGGCUUGUAGCUAAAUGGAGCCUUCGUGUUCAGAAGAAGUUUGCUUCUAAAAACUAAUGACUAGAGGGUGGGUGAGAGAGAGAGAGAAGCUGAAUGGAUAGACUGUUGUCUUCAUGCCUUCUUUGUUGGCUUCCUGCACACAUCAACUCAGCUGCUGUUCAUCCUGCAGUAGAUGAACUAGAUCCAGCAAAGUUCUUUAAAAAAAAAGCAAGCCCCUAUGUGCAUUGCAACUGAAUGUGAGUGCCAGGAUGAGCGCAAGAGAAGAUAACAAAGGUGAAGGUCAUGGAGGCUCCUAUCACAGCUCAUGGAAUUGCUUUAAAGCAGGGGUGGGAAACUUUUUGGACCCAAGGGCUGUAUAACUGUGGUGGAAAGCUAUCAGGGCAUGCAUGUACCGUAUGUCUGCUGCCUUGAGCUCCUUGGAGAAAAGGGUGGGUAUAAGUGUGGUGGUGACUAAUAAUAAUAAUAAUAAUAAUAAUAAUCUGCUAGAAUCCCUGUACCAAGGAAUACCAUUGUAACUUAUCUUAUACUUUACAGCCUUCCAGCUAAGUUAAUCAAUGGAGGUAUAGCAGGACUUGUGGGGGUGACUUGUGUUUUCCCCAUUGAUUUGGCCAAAACCCGUCUCCAGAACCAGCAAGGACAAGCCAUCUACACCGGAAUGUAUGUGUUGUAAGGCUUUGUUUAGUGUGAUAUGUGUGGUGUGGCAUGGGGUAUUAGGCUCUAAGCUGGGUAUUAGAGUCCAAUCUGGUUUGAAUUAUGUUUCUUUCAAACCUCACUGCCUCUCAGUCUAAUCUACCUCACAGGGUUCUUGUGGGGAUUAAAUGAGAAGGGGGAUAAUCGUGUAUGCCACCUUCAGCUCUUAGAAGAAAACGGUGGGAUAUAAGUCUAACAAACAAACAAACAAACAAACAAAGAAGUUGGGAAGGGUUGAACUCCUUCCAAGUUCUCUCUUUUCUACUCAUUAUUCUACCCAUACUCCUAAUUCUCAGAGUAGACCCAUUGCAAUGGAUAGAAUCAUAGAGUUGGAAGAGACCACAAGGGCCAUCGAGUCCAACCCCCUGCCAAGCAGGAAACACCAUCAGAGCACUCCUGACAUAUGGUUGUCAAGCCUCUGCUUAAAGACCUCCAAAGAAGGAGACUCCACCACACUCCUUGGCAGCAAAUUCCACUGUCGAACAGCUCUUAAUGUCAGGAAGUUCUUCCUAAUGUUUAGGUGGAAUCUUCUUUCUUGUAGUUUGGAUCCAUUGCUCCGUGUCCGCUUCUCUGGAGCAGCAAAAACAACCUUUCUCCCUCCUCUAUGUGAUAUCCUUUUAUAUAUUUGAACAUGGCUAUCCUAUCACCCCUUAACCUCCUCUUCUCCAGGCUAAACAUGCCCAGCUCCCUUAGCCGUUCCUCAUAAGGCAUCGUUUCCAGGCCUUUGACCAUUUUGGUUGCCCUCCUCUGGACACGUUCCAGUUUGUCAGUGUCCUUCUUGAACUGUGGUGCCCAGAACUGGACACAGUACUCCAGGUGAGGUCUGACCAGAGCAGAAUACAGUGGCACUAUUACUUCCCUUGAUCUAGAUGCUAUACUCCUAUUGAUGCAGCCCAGAUGGCUAUGACAAGUACUAUUUUUCUAGAAAAAGAGGUGCUGGAACUCACUCAAACAUAUGUAUUCUGGUUUUUUUUAAUUUACAUUCUGAAAAGUAGCUAAAAAAUUCUUGCAAAUAUAAAAUGCAAAAGUCACAACCAACCAAGCAGCAGGGAUAUAUCAACCACAAAUUAAAUUCAGAAAGUGUCCUGAAAAACACCACCACCUUUUCUUGUUGCCCAAAGACCAGCAGAGAUUGGGGAGAGCAAAUGUAUUUGGGAGUUCCAUAGUUUUGGUGCUAUAGCUGAGAACGCUGUGCCUCAAGUAAGCACCUACUGAACAGUUGCGGGAACUGGUCAGAGUCACAAAAGUCAGUCGCAAUCUUGAAAUACAUGUUGCUAACUCUUUUUUCUCUCUAUUCCUCUCUUAUUCUAGGAGGGAUUGUUUGGUGAAGACAAUUAAAUCAGAGGGGUUCUUUGGCAUGUAUCGAGGUAAUGCUUACAAAAAUGGAAAGGUCAUCCUUUUUGUCUGAACUGCAAUAGCAAAGUGCAAUGGGCAAAAUGCUUUUGCUGUUGUUUAGAUUAUCUCAGUUGAACAAUAGAGAUAAUCGGGGGGGAUGUUUGAAAUAAAAUUUUAAAUAUUGGUAUCAAAAGAGCAUAUUUAACAACAUAGCCAGACACUGGAGAGACCUGUCAGGAGUAAGCAUGGACCAAUGGUAUCAAAUAGUAUGGGAAACAGCCUUAUUAGAAAAACUAACCAAUAAACUGAAACUGACAUGGGGACAUAUAGAGGAAGACACCUUCCCCCCUCUUUGGUUCCCCUUUAUCACAUACACAGCCCAACAAGACAACAAGAAUCCACCAACAGCAUAUGAAUCAAUCUGGCUAACCUGAUAAAAAAAUACACACUCAUACCCCACUCAAGCACAAAAACAACACUCACUACAACCAACCAAAGAUGACCCAACCACACUCUAAGCCACCCUCAACCUCUCUCACCACCAAGGAAACAUGACAAGUGAAUUGUUAUGUAUUGAAGUACUCACCCUGGCCACCAGGAGUAUCGUGUAUAUACCGUAUUUUUCGCUCUAUAGGACGCACUUUUCCCCCACCAAAAAUUAAGGGGAAAUGUGUGUGCGUCCUAUAGAGCGAAUGCAGGCUGCGCGGCUAAGCCUAAAGCCAGAACAGGGAGAUGGAGCUCUGCAGAGCGCUCCGUCUCGCUGUUCUAGCUUGGGGUUAGCUGCGCAAAGCCUCUGCAGGGCAGCGGGGUGGGGAAUUCCCCCACCUCGUAGAAAAGCCCGCAGGAGCCGCGCAUCCUUUAAAGAGCGCACCGCUCUUGGGGGCUUUUCCCCGAAUGGGGACAAGGGACUGACUGGCCGCGUCAGUCCCUUCUCCCUCCUCAUAGAAAAGCCCGCAGGAGCUGUGCGCUCCUUAAAGGGUGUGCGGCUCCUGUGGGCUUUUGCUGGAGAUGGGGGAAUUCUCCCGCAAAAGCAGGGAGAAGGUCUGGGAGAAGUGCACAGGCUGCAUGCAGCCUGUCUGCUGCUCCCAGAGCUGGGGGGGGGAUCAUAUUUUUUUCCUUGAUUUCCCCCUCUGAAAACUAGGUGCGCCCUAUGGAGCGAAAAAUACAGUAGUUUUCACUCAGGUCCACGUCAGUUACUUUAGGCAGGAAACUCUGGGUUGUUGUUGUUACAAUGUUGACAGCCGGCUGCCUAUAAAAGCAGGCUGGCUGAGCUGUUUGCUGUUCAGUUCAGUUCAGUUCCAGCUUACUAUAAAGAACCACUUGGAGAAAUCUCUGUGUCGUCUGCUUUGUCAACCCACUACUUAAUAUGAAUAGUAAGAGAACCCAUACAAGUAACGCUGACACCCCCCCAAGUAGAAGAAUAGAAGCAUAACCACCUGACCGCAACCCACUCACCAUUCCUCCCUCCCUUUCUUUCUUUCUUUCUUUCUUUCUUUCUUUCUUUCUUUUUAAGUUUAAACCAAUUAAUGAACCAAGAACCUGUACGUUGACCACUAAUAAUGAAACUUAUGUUGUAGAUAUUUUUCCACGUUUAUGCUAUUUUUGUGAUAUACAAAUGACAUGAGAAAACUUGGUAUACUUGUAUGUAUUCUUGUUUAUAAAACCUAAUAAAAGAGAGAGCAUAUUUUAAUAAAAUGUGGGAGGAUUUUCAUAAUGCAUAUUUUUUGUACUUCAAGGAACUGCAAAUGUCUCUCUGUGUGUAAAAAUGGAUAGCCUUCUGCCAGGCCGCACCAGUCCCCACAGUAUUGAGAGAUGCUGUGCAGACCAGGGCGGUCCCCUCAGUGUCUCCCAACACCACAUAGGCCAGUGCAGCCUUCUGCUAGGCCUUGCACCAGGCCAUGCUGGUCCCCACAGCGCCUCCCAACACUGUGGGGACCGGUUCAGCCUUCCGCUAGGCCACGCCGGUCCAGCCUGCACGGCAUUGGAAGAUGUGUGUGAGGUCACGUGAUGUCUGACACGUGCAUGAUGUCACAUGUGUGCCAGCCCCUCCAAUCUUGGGGGGCAACCCGGCGCCUGUGGUGGUACAGUCCUUCUUGGACUGCACAAUUUCAGGUGGCCAGUGACGGAUCAAAAAGGAACUUUUGGAAAGUUCGGGGGUGCUUUUUUGAGAAACCCAGAUUUCCUGCUAUGCCUCACAGGAGGCUAUUAGGGCACUAAAAUGGCUGUCUGAGCAUCCUGUAACAAAUUAAUUCGUAUUUCACAGUUACUUUUGUUUAACUAGCUAAGAGACUACCAUUUUCCUGUUGUCCCAUCACAAUCUUUAAAAUUGACCAACAGUGCCCUCUGGAGUUCAUUUUUAAUGCACCAAGUCCAGAGAGCAAGGAGCGUCUUCUGGAAACUGCAAGACUUUAUAAGCAACUUUUUCUGACAUUUGGCACUCCAUGUUAAAUUGGGGAAAUAUUUCUAGUGCUAGUGUUUCAUCCAGUUUAAUAUUUUGAUUGGGAUAUCAUUAAUAUUGUAAUUUGCUACCUUCCAGAAACUUCCAGGAGUGUGUUUAGUACAUAUUACCGGAGGAGUAAUGUAUUAAUGUACCAUAAAACUGGGUGCCUUAUUGCCUCUCCCAUCUUCUCACAGGGGCUGCUGUAAACCUGACUCUUGUCACUCCUGAAAAAGCAAUCAAGUUGGCAGCCAAUGAUUUCUUCCGACAGUUACUCUCCCAAGAUGGGUAUGGGGUAAAAAGCAUUCAAUAAUUCCAGUUUAAUUGUUUUUAUUAUUUAUUGAUCUAUUCAUCUAUCUUUCUUUAUUGUCAUUUUGCCAUUUGUGGGAUGCUCUUCAAAACCAAAAAGUCCUCCUAUAAAACAGUUCAAAGGAUACAAUGAAACACCAGAAUCUCAUCAUGAAUAAAUUAUAGAAUUUUUUUUAAAGCUAAACACCAUCCGAGCAGCAUGUGAAAAUAAAUAGUAUGAGAAUAAUAACAGUCAGCCUAACAUAAUCAAAUCCUGAUAGUGGCCCCAUUCCCCCACCCUCUAGUAUAUCACACCACAGUCAAUUUGUAAGCCUCCUACCAAUGUCCUGGCUUUAGGUCACAGUGGCAGUGUAGAGGAACGUGUGUGUGUGUGUGUGUGUGUGUGUGUGUGUGUGUGUGUGUGAUGAAUCUGUAGUCCUCCCUCGGUGUUCCUCUGACAGUAUUCACUCCUGAAAUUCCUACUAACAGAGGCACAGCAGGCUUGAGCUAAAAUAGCCACUUUCACUGUUCAAAGUGGAGAGCCGCUACCUGACUCCUGCCAGUGUUCCUUAGUGUAGUCUGUACUUGCAGGCUACGAACUAUAGGCAGCUCAUAUCUCAGGUGAGCCAAGAGGCUUAUGUACCUCUACAGAGAAGAGGAGACAUUUACACAUGAAUCCUAAGAUCUUUGAGGAAGAUGUUAUAAUUUUGUGUGUGUGUCUCAUAGAGCUUCUCCUCUUGCACCUUUAACAGUGACUUCUUUUGGCAGACAAUGCUCAUCUCCACAGGUCCACUAAUUUCAUCUAGCCUUGGUAGCCAGGCCAAAACUUUUAACCACUAGGUCCUUGUCAUUCCUCUCCAGUACAACCCUAUGCAUGUUUACACAGAGGAGAGCUUCACUGUAUUCAAUAGGGCUUACUCCCAUCCGAACAUAUAUAAGAAUGCAACCUUUGUCCCUGACUUGUGGGAGGGGAGCAGAGUCUUGUCUUAGUAUGAAUCACCCAAGGUGCUCCGAGUUCCUCUGUAAAAUGGCCUGCAGGGGCUGGAUUCAACUAACCUGGUGUGCUAGUAGAAACUAUCAUAAAGAGUUCUGCUAGCACAAUGGGAGUUCACCCACUCAAGCGUCACCCAAAUCUGCUCUGGAGGAUUGGGGAAACCCUUAGAACAGUGUGGGAGAAGAUUGUUCUGUCUGGCAAGCAAAAAUGCUUGUGCUGUGGGAAUGAUUAUCACAGUGCAACACUAAAUUCCACCCAAGGACUCACCAUUCUGAUGGCAGGAAGCCAAGGCACUUCAGCCACCCACCAUCAAAAGGACCAGCUCAACCUUUAUCUCUUGACAGGAGCUGGAGCAUAAAUGGGUAUCUUUCCCCUUUUUGUCCCCUUUUUGCACAUUGCACAGCUGAGUCUUUUUCUCUCUCUCCAUCUCCAAGCUAGACAGGAAAGCUGGGGCUAACCAUGGGAGUGGGAGUGUGGAUCCCUGUUGAUCUCCAGGCUGUGAAAAGCUUCACUCUAUGGAAGGCACAGAAAUAGCCACUCUCAUGAUAGUUUGGCAAGCCUAUAGUUGUGGAAGUGCAUUUAUUUUGCAUCUAUGCUUCUUUUGACAGAAAAGAAUUGUCAUUGGUGAGAGAGAUGCUUGCUGGCUGUGGAGCUGGGACUUGCCAGGUAGUGGUCACAUCUCCAAUGGAAAUGUUGAAAAUCCAGCUCCAGGAUGCUGGGCGGCUAGGUAAGUUCCCAUUCCACCCCCCUUUUUAGGGGGGCGUGUGUGGAAUGAUGGUGAAAGCAAAGUCUUGAAUUAAAUGAACUCCAACUAUCUCAAUUUCUCAGACACAGCCCCUAAAUCCCAUUACUUAUCUCUGUUAUACUUCUGUCCAUAUUUUGCUGUUGCCUAAUAGUGAUUACUUGCCAAAAUGUGCUUUUACUGGGCAAAUAAGCAAAUUAAUAUCUGAGUUACUUAGAGUAUAGGUGUGGAGAACCUUUUCUGUCCAGUGAGCUAGGUCCUAAUCUCCCCUUAUCUCCUGUUGCUGCUAUGCUUGAAACUCUAAUUGUUGGCACUUCAAAGUGCAGAGUGGGGCAGUUUAAAUGCCCUUUUGCAGAUAGCUCUACAUGACUCUUUAAACCUAUGGUUUUCAUACAUUUAAAGAGCAUUGUGGAACUGUUUGUAAAAGAGCUUGCAAACAGCUCCACACCACACUCUUGCUGCAAACACCUGUUCCUACUAGGGGAACAGACAUACACAGCCAGACUGACCAGGAUUGAACCCUCCACUCACCAGCUGGUGAUCAAAGGGUUCAAUCCUGCUGGAUGCAAGGGUCUGUUUCAUCAGCACAUUCCCUGCAUUCCCCGGCAGAAUUGAAUCCCACUCAUCUGCUGACAUUGGCCAGUUAUGUCAGCUAAUGGACAGGUAGCCAUGGUUUGUGGAAAAUGGCUUCACGGACCAACUUGAACCUCAUGGUGGGCCAAGAUUGCCCCCAAACUGGAGGAGGUGUCCUCCCCCACUGUAGUACUACCAGAAUAUAUUGGGAUUGGGGUAAUUGUUGCUGGAGAUGGGGUGCUAUGAUGUUCCUGAGACUGCAAUGAAAGGAACCCAUGGAGUGACAAUGGAAAGUUAGGAGUUUUAUUGCUUGUUUUCUUUUAGCUGCUCAUCAGCAGAAGGCCUUGGGGCAGGAUGGACCAGCUGCCACCACCUCCCAUUCACCACCAGGACAGCCUUACACAGCCGGGUCCACAGCAGCCUCUAAACGCCCCUCUGCUUUCAUGAUUGCCAGAGAUCUCCUGUGCACCCAGGGAGUUGCAGGCCUGUAUAAAGGGCUGGGAGCCACCUUGCUCAGGUUAGAAGAGAGUGAACUGUUCCGUCCUGUUCAUUAUAGGAUGGCAAGCUGCUUUAGUCUAGAGGUCUUGAGAAAGGGAAUUUAGCAUUCAGGCUACCUAAGGCAGGCUGAGAUGUGCUGGUCCCAGAACAAGGAGAUAUCUUCUCAGUGUUGGUCUGUACCUGGAGAGGCAGAGAAGAAUGCUUCAAUUUCUAUAAAUGCCCUUCAUGUCCUAGAAGGCUUGACUUCCCAUUCUAAAGGAGGGUCUUUUGCUUUUAAACCAUCACUUGGAUCCAGGAACUCCAUACUCAUGAGCUCCAUACUCCUGAGCUCCACACGUAAGUCCCUAUUGGUUGUUUGCAUGGCUGCCUGAGCAUUUAAAGCUAACCAGGGGUAGGAGAGAAUUAGUGGGAGCUUCAUAUUGUGCAUGGAAAUCUGGAUCCAAAGCAAUUGUUAUUAUCUAUAUUGAGUCUACAGCCCUCUUUUCCUCAUUGUGGGGUAUAAGAAACUAAGGGUUGCUAACCCAUAUACUAACCAAAGACCUCAAAGUACUUUAUAUUCACAGGUGGUCUCCCACUCAAGCAGCCUAUAAAAGGUCAGGAUGCUUCCGCUUUGGAAGCUUCAUCUAGUGCAGGAUGCAGCAGCCAGACUGCUCACAGAGGCAGAUUACUAGCAACAUGUUACUCUACUGCUGAGAGACACUGGUUGCCAAUUUGCUAGUGGGCCAGGUUCAACAUCUUGUGUUAAUUCACAAAGUCCUCAUCAACUUGUGCUCAAAAUACCUUAUGGACAGGCAUUCAAAAUAUGAUUUUCUCAUAUUAACCGAACAGUAUCAACUAAUGUUUUAUCAAUGCUUUUAAUUAUGUUUUACAGAUAUUUAGAGAUAAAUAAUACUGCAUUUUAUGUUGUAAGCUGCCUUGAUAUAUAUUUUUUUAUAAAAGUAGGGAUAAUAAAUAAAAUAGUUUUAGCUGCUGGAAUGUGUCACAUCUUCAGACUGUUCUCUGGACGUAGGGACUUUGCUCUCAGUUGCACAAGGGUGGGUUUCUUCAGGGUGGUGCUGGGAUCAAAGCUAAACGUAAGCACAAACCUAAAGUUUUAAAAUUCCAUGAUACAUUGCAACUGUGGGGAAAGUACACUUGUGUGAAAACAUAAAAGCCUGUAACAACUGCAAGGGUAGAAAGUAUGGCAGUCCAAAUGGGGGGAACAGUUGAGCUGUGGAAGGGGAAGGUGAAAAUUGGCUAAGAAAAACAGCUUCAACAAGAGAUUAGCUGAUUGUAUUGUUUACCUAAAAUGUCUCACUUCUACUCUCAACAGGGAUGUACCCUUUUCUAUUAUAUAUUUCCCACUUUUUGCCAACAUCAACAAGCUGGGGCAGGCGAAUCUUGAUGAAAAAGCCUCUUUCUUCCAUUCAUUCAUCUCUGGCUGUAUUGCAGGAUCUGUGGCUGCAGUGGCCGUGACCCCAUUGGAUGGUAGGUAUUAGAUGGUGCGACUAUCAAAAGGCAGUGACUUUUGCUUACGUGUGUGUGUGUGUGUGUGUGUGUUUAUGAAUUUUAUUCCCUCCCAAGAGGCCGCAGUAGUGCUUCAAAUGAACUAUUAAGACCUUGCCAACGCAGACCCAAGAUUAAUUAAGCUCCUUAUAAGGCUGCUUUCUAAGUUGCAUUGUCCAUAAUGUUUUACAUGCUCUGCAAAAUAACCUGCACUUCGCACAUGAGUAUAUAGAAGCUUUUUCUUACCCAACCACGUGAACUGGCUGUUAGCAACUAAGAGUACUUACUGUAUCAGGCAGACUAUUUAUUCCAGGAAAAUUGAGGGAGCUAUUUCUUAUAAUCAUUGAUGAGCGAGCCUUGUCUGGAACAGUGCCGACCAACAGAUUAGCUGGAGCAGCAUAAUGAUUAAGUGAACCUUACUAGAGAAACAAUAUUAAUGCAGUGAACAGACUACAUCCGAUAGGAGUGUUGAACCUGGGUUUAAAUUGCUGCUUGGAUAGAAAGCUCAGUGGUGAUACUGGGACCAGGCACAGCCCCUUCAUAUAACCAACAGCUAGUGGAGAGCCAUGAACUCAUUGGAGAAAGGAUAGAUUUAUUUUGAUAUAUCUAUUUAUGAUAAGAUUGCCAUGAAAAUACAAACAUAAAAACUGAAAAAUUAAUGAUAAGCUUAUAUGCUAGAAACCCUCAAUUCACACCACUGAAUAGCCUAAGAACUUAUGUAUGUGAAAUGCUUUAGUGAGGCACCGUGUGUUUAAUAUUAUGGUGAUGAAUGAUGAUUGAUGAAGAACUGAUGUGGGAUAACAACACUGCAUUUCUGACCAGUACCAGGAGCAUGUAUUCAUGCCAGGAAUGAAAUGAACAAAUAAAUAAAAACCCUAAUCUUGCAGUUAAGUAUCCUUGCAUUAAAAAGUCUGUAAAGCAUGCAACUUUGCAAAGUUUAAAUCAGUUACUGCUUGUUUUAGUUCUAAAGACCCGAAUUCAAACUCUCAAGAAAGGACUGGGAGAGGACACCUACAAUGGGAUCGUUGACUGUGCCAGGUAAGCAGAACUAAACUCUUGUUUUACUGGUACUCAGGUCAUUGCUCUAUGUUAACAAUGUUCUGCAGUGUACAUUUUGUGAUGUAAGUUGUCAGGUCCUUCUGAAAUGGCACCAUCCACUCACAAGAGAAAGAUGGCAGCAGGCUUGGAGGAACCCCACAGAGGAUGGAAUGGAGUAGUGUUGCUGGCACCCUUAACAGCAGCACUCUACACUACUUUGUGGUUUUCCAGUUUCUGCUUCAUUCAUUUUUCUUAGGAGGAAAAAGCUGGUAACUGAGCAAGCUGAUGCAUGAUUUCCAAUUGUAUACUGGAAAAACAUAGUAUUUCUGAGUAUAAGCUAGCUUUCCCCCUUGCAACAGCAUUUAAAUAAGACAUUGAAAAUGAGCAGCCAGCAAAGGAAAUAAAUAUUCAAAGGCGGCAGCUUUGAGUAACUGACCACAAGGGGCAGCGGAACACAAAUAUGACGGUUCCCAAUUCUUGAUGUGGCUGUUGCUGACGUAUUAAGUUAAACACACCUUACUCUUGGGUGCUUUUAACUUUAAAAAGCAGUGGGCUGUCAGAGAUGAGGAACUCUCUGGUUCUUUAUGUUGUUAGACUGCAACCCACAAGAUCCCUGACCUUUGGCUGUGGUGGUUGGAGGUGAGGUGAGUUGGGGUUCAAUGACUUCAGGAUGGAAGUCUUGGUUUCUUUUUCCUCUCAUGCUGUGGUCCUGACCACCUUUGCCUCCACCUCCCCAGCUGUUACUUGAUUUGGGAAGGCAGCUCUUACUUCCUGCCUUGAGAGGAAGCUAUGUAAGUAAUCAGGAGACUCAUCUCUGCCACCUUGCCUUGUACUCAGAGAACCCUAAAUAGAAAAAAACGCCCUCUAAUUCAUAGUAACAAUAACUUUACCAACCCACUCUGUUUCUCUCCUCUCCAGGAAGGUCUGGAUUCAUGAGGGCCCUGCUGCCUUCAUGAAAGGGGCAGGAUGCCGUGCACUGGUUAUAGCUCCUCUCUUUGGCAUAGCCCAAGGAAUGUAUUUCAUUGGCAUUGGAGAACAUAUCAUGGAAUAUUUCAAGUAGUACCCAUUCUAAAACACACUGGAUCAUGAAUUAAGAUUGCAAGAGUUCUGUGACACUAGCUACUUGAAGAGAAAUGGAAGCACCCUGUAAAUACUUGAAUGGCUGUGAACAACUACCCAGUCUACCACUAUCCAGGAAGAAGGCCUAAAAAACACCACUUCCAGGUUUGCCAUUGCUUCAUUUUCUAAAACAAUCCUCUGCACUGGGCAGAUUUCUGGGACCUAAAAGUUAACAUGCCAAAGGUUGUGCUAUGAAAAGGAAUGGGUUGCAAGUGUCAUUUCUUACUUGCACCAAACGUUGGCCAACACUUUUCAAGCUGAUCUAACAGUAGGACUAUCACACACCACUGCAGACGAGGAGUGGUGCUCUUUCUCCAGUAUGUAUGGCCAGAGAUUGAAUCUGGAUCCAUCUACUUACAAAGCUUACACUUUACUAGGGAUCUAUGGGGUCCUUCGCAGCGCUGCCUGAUGCUUGUUCUUCUCCAUUACAAGUGCAUUUAUAAAUAUCACUUCAUAUUUUUGUGUCAUUUCUUCAAUGCUUCAAAGUUGGAUCAAGGAUAGCAGUUUAGUGGAGAUUAAUUUCACCCUUGCUGCCCUGAUCUCAUGCUGGAAAUAUUUUCCUGUACAUUUUAUUUGGUGAUCCUGCACUGCUGUAUACAUUUCACUACAGAACCCUUUCUGAUCUUUCAUUUUAGAAGCAGUCUCAUCAUUGCCACCCUCUUCUCUUCCAGUGCAUGCAUUUGUACACAUAAAUUAAUGGCCGUUCUUAAUUGUGUAUUAUGUUUCUAAUGUGACCAUCUGAGCUCAGCAGGUUUCUAUUAAGCCACUUCUGCAUCUGUAAUGGAUAGUGUUAGUUACAGCAUCUGAUGACAGUCUGCCAACUGCUGUUCAGCUUGGGGUGGGUGGGGGAGGUACGAACUUUCCCAUUUGCUGUUUGUGCAUAACCCAGAGCUGUGUUUAGACAACACAGAUACAUACACAAAGGAAAUAUUUGUGUUUGCCUAACCCUAAAGCAUGCUGUACCUUAGUGACUGUUCAGCAAUGCAAAUUGAUGGUCAGGAACCAUCUUCCUCACCUACUUUAAAUGGAAGACAGAAAGCAAAUGAAGUUUCCACGCCUCGUGUCUCUGGCCCAUAUGACUUUUCCUAGACAACACCUCUCACUGGCCGUGUUCUGUGCCCUCCUUGAGUUCUCUUACUGCCUGCAAAUUGUCUUUGAGCUUUGAUAAUGCUGCUUGCCUGGAUUGCAUGUGGAAACGUCUUUUUGAUGGCUGAGAUGUAGCCUACUGUGCAAAGGUGAGAACUGCAUCCAUUGCUCUGCCUACUGUUGCCUCUAGCCUCACCCAGUUCUGCCAUGUGAUUCUCAGGUGACUACCAGAGGAAUGCAGCUCUUGGGCUGACAAAAGCUUCCCUCCCCCUUGUUUACUCAUAACCACAAGGUCCAGAGGCAUAUUAUUUCUGAAUACCAAGGGCUGGAAACCACAGGAGAGGAGACUGCUUUUGUGCUCAGGUCUUGCUUGCAUUUUCCCCACAAGCAUUUGGUUGGCCACUGUGUGAACAGGGUGCUGGAUUAGGUAGGUCUGAUAUGUUCUUUAGCACUACUGUAGUUAAUAGCAACCACCAUGUCUCUCUUCCACUCAGUUCUUGAUAAUAUGAGACUUCAUUUUUUGGUUAGAAUGUGUAGCUUUCACCACUGCACAGAAAAUCCUAAAAGUGGCAAUAGCAAAAAGGGGCCAAGGAUUACCCUAGUUGGUGUGUGCAAUGGUGCUUUGAUUGGCCAGCAAGACUAGUUUCUACCCCCUUUCCAUGGAGAAACUAGCAGAAAAGUAGUACCCAUCCAACCUCAAACAAAAUAAUCUUACUGUAAACCUGUUCCUUGAUGCAUGGAGAAAUAAAAUUUUAGAUAAAGUAGUUUUGCUUCAUUAGACUGAUAUAGCUUUAAAAAAAUGUAGAAUUUAUGCUUUGUUAUGCUUGGAACCAGUUGCAAUUAUCAACUCUCAUGCUACUACCUGCUGACACCCCUGUUCUGCCUUACCUUCUACAACAUGACCACAUAACUUUUUGCAACCUACUCAGGGAACUCUGUUAAAGGAUAGUAUUAAAAAAUGUUCUAUGUUAAUCUUGGCAGCGUGGUAAAAUGGCUGCUUCUGACCUUAAAAAGCAGCUUGUCUCUUAAUAAAUCAGAUUGCUUAC